GGAGGCUCGAGAGCCCAGAUCGAGGACACUACUUAUACACUGAUGGUUUCUUCUGUCUCCUUCUGAUCGCCAUCUCCUUGCCGAAUACCGUUGCCUUCUACAUACAACUCCUCAAUUAUGUUGAGCAAUGCUGAGAUGGAAUUUAUCGGUAUUCAGGCGUUUUCAGCCAAUCGAGGUAGGAACAUUACGCCUUACAUUGCUGGGACAUGGCUCGCAUGCAUCUGCCAAGGUGUGAUCUGGGUUCAGAUCUGGCGCUGGUACAAGCAUUCAGCAAAGACUGAUCUGACGAUCGUUCGAGCCAUGGUGGGCUGGUCGUUCUUCCUUACUCCAGUCUAUACCGGCUUCUUACUGGCGUGGAUGAUGCAGACUUAUGUCUACCACUUCGGUCAAUAUGCCACCUUUGUGAACUAUAAUUGGUUCACACAGCCUUGGCUAUUCACAGUGGCUGCGAGAACAGCGGUGACUAGUUAUCUGAUUCAUCGGACAUGGCUCCUGACCAAGAGCAUCUGGAUCCUCGUCGUGAACAUUCUACUCUCGGCAAGCUUUACGGGCGCGAUCCUCUGGGAGUACACCAAUUACCGUGUAGCUUCUGGAAUAGAUGCUUAUCUCAACACCACGCCGGGUAUCCUCUGGGGUGUCCUCGAGGUCGCCAGUAGUGGUUUCAUCUCCGGUGCUAUGAUGUGGACGUUCUUCAGAUCUCGAACUGGGUGGAAGUCGACCGAUCAGGUCUUGACAAAGCUGUCGGUGCUUGUUGUUCAAACUCAACUUCCUCCAACGCUGAUGUGCAUCGCAUGUCUAGCCUUGAACGCGGCCAAUAUCCCGAAUGGAUACUCGCCAUUCAUCACCCUUUUCCUGUGUAAACCCCAGGUCUACAUUGUGUCACUGCUCGUCUUCCUUAAUAGUCGUCAAAAGCUGAGAAAGGUCUUGAAUGAUCCAACGAGAGUCAUCCAGCCGGUGAGCAAGUUGUAGAACUCUGGGUAUAGAGAGAUCCAUCGGCUGAUACGACUCGCUCAGGUCACACUCCAGCUCGGAAGGAUGGACCGUGGCGCUCAGAGCAGCGAGCACAUCAAAUCGGAUCCCGAAUCCACUGCAUGGAGAGGUUGACAGGGGAGCCAGGCACAGAGGAUCGUCGAACACUUGAACAGCUCCAUGCAUCUCGAGCGUAUGUCCUAUUU